GUUAACAUGCAGCAGCUUUCGGACACCACAACUAUGGACGAAUUCCAGUGCGUAGACAGGUUGGUGGACGAUUGGCAUCGCCUGCUCAUAAGGACUGCUCUCGUCCUAAACAGACUACAACACUACGCCGAAGCUCUGAGAGAAAGGACUGAGUCGGAAUCGGCGUCUGAGGACAGCGCCAGCGUGGUGGAGGUGUACGUCGAACCGCCAGCAUCACCGGAGCUGAUCGACAUCUCAGGUUCACCGCCACCAUCACCCAGCUCCACCAGGGCCACAACAGAUAGCCCACCGGGCCUACGAGUACACACCACGCUCGCCAUCUACAUCACCACCACCCCGCUACAACACCGGCUGGACAUUGAUGUUGUUAUCCAGCCUGCCCUCCAGCUCCACAACUCGUUGUUCCCUUUGCUGGAGCUGGACCCUUAG